AGGUUCCGGCCAGGUGGAGGUGUACAGCCCGCGCCUGAGCGGCCGGGAGAGGUGGAAGAGGGAGCGAGCGCUCUGAGUGACGGUUGCCCUAGUAACGGCCGGUCUUACAUUCCAAAGUCCCCGCCCACUUCAGUUCCCCCAAUGGUUCUCCCAGCUCCAGGCCAGGACGUUCCUGCCAGAGUUUGCAGUUGUGUAGUAGUCACAUUGCUGCGAUCCGUUUACACUUCAGGGGAGGGGGGGAAGUAAUGAUCGCUGCGUGGCCGAUGGAAACCUGAUCAGACGGGAGGGGUGGACUUUUUUUUUUUUUUUAAACAUAAGGGGGAAAAAAAAAAAAUGUCUUCCCCUUCCAACGGGAUCCCAAAUGCUAUAGAGAUCAAGCAGGAAGAUGCCUUGGACGCGGCUCCUUUCUCUAUGGAGCAUGCACACCAGCCCGGGACAGAGGAGGAGAUCAAGAGCGAACUUGUGAGCGGCGGGGGGGCCCCGUACACCCUCGCCUUCUCCCCGGAGCAUGUCGCCUGCGUGUGCGAGGCUCUGCAGCAAGGUGGGGACCUGGACAGGCUGGCCCGCUUCCUGUGGUCGCUGCCCCAGAGUGACCUGCUACGUGGCAACGAGAGUAUCCUGAAAGCCCGGGCGCUGGUAGCCUUCCACCAGGGCAGGUACCAGGAGCUUUUCUCGGUGCUGGAGAGUCAUAACUUCGAGCCGUCCAACCACGCCGUGCUGCAGGAUCUCUGGUACAAGGCUCGCUAUAACGAGGCGGAAAAGGCCCGGGGGAGACCCCUGGGGGCGGUGGACAAGUACCGGCUGAGGAGGAAGUUCCCGUUGCCCCGGACUAUCUGGGACGGAGAGGAGACCGUGUACUGCUUCAAGGAGAAGUCCCGCAACGCGCUCAAGGAGCUGUACAAGCACAACCGCUACCCGUCCCCCGCCGCCAAGAGGAACCUGGCCAAAAUCACCGGCCUGUCCCUCACACAGGUCAGCAACUGGUUCAAGAACCGGAGGCAGCGCGACCGCAAUCCGUCCGAGGCGCAGUCCAAGAGUGAAUCUGAUGGAAACCACAGCACUGAAGAUGAAUCAAGCAAAGGCCAAGACGACUUGUCCCCACAUCCUCUCCCCAGCUCUGAUGGCAUCUCCAACAUUAACCUUUCGGCUCACGCUGAUACAGUGUACAUGCAGCACAUUGGAAAUAAGAUCUCACUCGGUUCUUCUGGAGUGCUGUUAAAUGGAAGUUUGGUAUCGUCCAAUACUUCACCGGUCUUCUUAAACGGGGGCUCAUUUAUCCAGGGACCCAAUGGUGUGCUUCUAAAUGGUUUAAAUGUGGCAAAUUCGCAAACUUUGACAUUGAAUUCUCCAAAAGUGGCUUCCACCAUUGUAAGCAAUGGUGCCCCAAACUCAGACAUCUUAGUGUCCUCCCCUGAGGAUGUGAAGGUUCUUCAAGCUGGUUUGACAGAUUCUUCCUCAACGUACACUACAAAUAUUCAGCCUUCUUUCCCAGGGUUAAUACCUGCUACAGAAGUCAAGAAUGAGACUAUCCAGCCUGCUGCUUCUCAAGAUGGCGGAACAGUUGUUACAUUUACCACUCCCAUACAAAUAAACCCAUAUGGCAUUGUCCAGAUACCCAAUUCAGGAACAAACGCUCAACUCAUUAAUGGAAGUAUUGGAUUCUCCACACUCCAGCUGCCUUCUGUUGCAGUGUCACAAGGAAAUCUCGGAAACCUGUCAAUUGUUCCCGGUACUUCAGAGGGAGGGACAUUUACAAGUGACACCAUCUCAAGCGGUGAUCAAGGGAAAGUGUUCCUCAGCUCACUCCCUCCCAGCACAGUUGUCUACACGGUUCCUCAUUCAAUAAAACAAGAUGGUCAGGAACGAAGUUUUGUGUUUUCUCCAUUAAUGCCGGCGAAUCAAAGCGCAGCACAAGUAAACAUUAGCAUGUCCUCUGAUGAGACCCUGCAGUCUGUCGCAGCUUCCUUAGUCAAUGGGACUCAUGCACAUAAUUUUUCGCUUGCUCCUACUUUAAUAACUGCUCCUGGAAAUCUUGCCUCCAUUACCGGGAACCAGUCGGUCACUCUCAGCCAGCCUAUUUCCACACAUGCCACCGCCACCACCACCAGUGUCACGGCUCCAAGUAAUGCAAACUUUGCCUCUCUGCAGAACUGUCACUACAUUGCUGCCCAAGAUCUAUUGUCUGUAACCUCUGCACAGUCAGGCCUUGGAGAACCCAUUUCUGCAAGCAGUAAUAAUGCCAGCCUUUCUGCCACACAGGCCCAUCAGGAUUUCAACAGUCAGCACAACAUGGUUCUGCAAAGUGUAGCUGAAUCCAAGGAGAAUUACAUGCCCAUUGAGCAGAGUACUACCAUCAGUGGGAGUGUUAUGUUGUUGGAUGCAAAAUCCAAAUAUGUCAUAAGUGGUAUGGGCUGCGAGGAACUCGAAACUGAUAAGAAAGAGUUGGCCAAGCUUCAGAACGUUCAAAUGUCAGAAGACAUGCAAGACAUAUGAUAGACGGUACACAAAUCAUGUCUAACAGGUGAUUCUCUGUGACUUUGUUUGGAUUCAUUCAUAUAUGUUUGAACUAGAACUUUUAGUAAAUCGCACUGCUUUUUUUUUUUAUUUUUUUUAUUUUUUUUUAAACAACUUUGUUGUCCCAAUACCACAUUUAACCUUUUCAUGAAAGGUGAGUAAGUAAAGGGAACACCAUCUUGUUGUAUGAAAUAUUUGGUUUAAAGUGAAAAAAAAAAAAAAGAUAGUUGGUACUCUUAUUAUUUUUGGGAAUAUGCUGGAAAAUUGUCGAUCACAAACUAGAAAAAUAAUGGAAUCCUGUUUGUGGUUUGUAUUGUUUUUUUGUGUUUUUUUUUUAAUUUGUUUUUAUUUUUUUGCUAAUACCCCAAAAAGAGUAGUCUACUUGACAUUUAAAUGAACUAAAAUAGACCUAUUGAAAUGUUAUAUGUAGGUGUAGCCUUGUUAUAAUUUUCUUCCGCUAAAUCACAAAUGCUAUUCUUAAUAUUUACCAGCUCUGUUCUAAUACAAGAGAAGUUACUCAUUUGUAUUUUACAGAAUUCGAACGUAAUCCUAGUAAAAAUCCA